AUGACCGAAGUUGUCACCGAUCUUGCAACCGACCGAAGUUUCACCCAGCACUUGAAUGCCAAGUUUGGCGACGCUCUCUGCACCGCUAUCAUCGAUCAAGUCCUCAAAUCAAGCCUCGCACGAUCCGCAACCCUCCUGACCGAGAAAGGAAUUUAUCUCAUCUACAAAUGCUCGCCCGUCUUCCAAAAGCUCAUCCACGGCAUCUCCAAAGCUUCGUUAAACAAACCAAUUUUCGGUGCCACAGCGGUCAAAUAUGUGUCGAGGAUCUUCUGGAGCCAUGCUAUCGCGAAUGCUGGCGUGUGGACGGUGAUGAGUGAUUGGCGUCUGUUCAAGUAUUGGGGGAGAUGGAACACCUGGGAACAGACGAAGAAAACGAUCUUUAAGGACGGCAUGGCCCAUGGAGGCGACAUGUUUGGGUGGAUACUCGGAUCUGUCGUUAUGGGUGCAUUUGGAAUUUCUGCCUUUCCGGCUGCCGUAGGAGCGUUCGUCUUCGCCUUUGGAGGCCGCGAGAUUGGUAAGAUACUUAGCGAUAUGAUCAUUGAGGACGGUUCGAGUGAUGGGGAUGAUGGGGAGAAAGCGGGGGAUGGUGGAGAGAAAGGGAGCUAA